AUGGCUGACCAAGAGGCACAACUGGCCCUGGCCACCGCCACGGAUGCCGCCGGCGCGAACCCGACCUCCCAAGAAACCGCCGUCGCCGCGCCCACGGGGAAGAAGAUGGUCAAGAAGAUUAUCCGCAAGAAGCGGAAGCCCGCGCGCGUGCAAAUCGACCCUUCUCUCAUCACAUCGGAGCCGCCGCCCCAGACUGGCACCAUCUUCAACAUCUGGUACAACAAAUGGUCUGGCGGCGAUCACGACGCCAACGCGCAGACCAAGGCCAAGGGCCGCUGCAACAUCGCCUCCGACGCCGGCUACACAAAGGCCGACAGCCUCACCGGCAGCUUCUUCUGCGUCAGCUUCGCCCGCGGUGUCUGCGCCAAGGGCGUCGAUUGCGACUACCUCCAUCGCCUACCUGGCGUCUACGACCUCUUUGGUCCCAAUGUCGAUUGCUUCGGCCGCGACAAGUUCUCCGACUAUCGCGACGACAUGGGUGGUGUUGGAAGCUUCAUGCGUGUUAACAGAACCGUCUACAUUGGUCGCAUACAUGUCACGGAUGAUAUCGAGGAGAUUGUGGCUCGUCAUUUUGCGGAAUGGGGCCAGGUCGAGCGCAUCCGGGUAUUAAAUCAACGCGGUGUUGCCUUUGUCACAUACACCAACGAGGCCAAUGCCCAAUUCGCCAAAGAGGCAAUGGCCCACCAGUCGCUCGACCACGACGAGAUCCUCAACGUCCGCUGGGCCACGGCCGAUCCCAAUCCCAUGGCGCAGGCACGCGAGGCCCGCCGCAUCGAGGAUCAGGCUGCCGAGGCCAUCCGCCGCGCCCUUGGCGACGAGUUCGUCGCCGAGAUUGAGGGCAAGGACCCGGAGGCGCGCAAGCGCCGCAAGAUUGAGAGCGGCUACGGCCUCGAAGGCUACGAGGCACCGGACGAGGUGCACUUUGCGCGCGGCGCCCAUGCUGUAAACCCGCGCGGCCGGGAAGGCUUUGAGCUGGAGGACCAGCGACGGCUUAUGAUUGAGAGCGGAGAGGCAGCGGCGGCGGCGGCGGCGGCGGAGGGUGAUGCGCCGGGACAGGAGCAGCAACAGUACGAAGACGAGCAGAGCGGGGGCAUUUUUUCGGGGAGCACAUUGGCGGCGCUCAACCGAGCAAAGCUCUCUGUACCGUCGAAACCGAGAACGGCCGCCGCGGCCGGUCCUCUUGUAUCAUAUGGAAGUGACAGCGAUGACGAUGAAUAA